AUGAAGUUCAGUGGCACGCAAUUGAUUGCAACCCUCGGUUUGCUGCUGAUUAGCGUGAGCUACGUGAAGGCCGCCCGUUUGGAAGCGGACCAGAUCCGGCGUAUACACCAGAAUGCCAGGGAGUGUGUGAAGGAGACGGGUGUACUACCGAAGAACGCGUUCCGGGUGCUGAGUGGUGACUUUUCGAUCGACACCAUCAAGGCGAAGUGCUUCGUGAAGUGUUUCUUCGAUAAGGCCGGAUUCAUCGGUGAGGAUGGUAAGAUCCAGCAGGACGUGAUCCGUCAGAAGCUGGCGGGUGGCAUCGAACCGGCCAAGGUGAACGAGCUGAUCAAAAAGUGUAACGUCGAGGGCGAUGAUGUGUGCGACACCGCGUACCAGAUGUACAAGUGUUUCUUCAGCAACCACAAGAUACCGAAGGAGAUGUUCCAGCUGCGGAAGGGAAUCGGUCGGCGGAAUAUGCAACAGUGA